AUGGGGAAUGACGAAACUCCUUGCUCAAACCAUCUCCGCAUCGUCUACUGGGGGAGCGGGUGCACGUUUGAGCUCAGGGAUACUCUACAUGAUUUGGAGCCAGCAGCCUACCGGUACAUCAAGCUGUUUCAAGCGGAGCUGAUGGCUUCCUGGGAUUGCCUGGCCUGCAGAGAUUGCAGCAAAAACGCGCGAGAUGCAUGGGUUGGCAAGGAGUCUGGCUGGGCCCGUGAGCUUGCGAAAUCUCUCGUAUUUGUUCCGAUAUUUCAGCACCUGGGCGGGCGACAGACUUUGGAAGAGCUUGCAAGGGUCCGACCUGAGGAGGACCAGGACAGGCAGGACAAGUUCCUCGCAGAGCUGCUUGUUGCCUUGUACCUGAUCUACAGGGAUGAUCGCAAGCUUUCGCAGAUAAGGGCAGUAGUGCCUGUGGUCGUGUCAGAGGGGAGUAGAUGGCUUCUAUCAAGGCAGGCGAUGGAGGGAUUGAGCCUCGGAGCCUCGCUGAAGACAUGCAAGUCAGCAGCAAGGGAGUUGAGCCUCAUAGGAGCAGGCGAGUACCCGGAGAUCUUUGAAAGACUUCAGCGGUGGUCGAUCAAGGAUACGGUCAGAGCGAUCCUGUAUGGAGGGGAUGGCAUUGGGGGGAUGACAAUCUUUUAUACGUCAUGCUGUGUGUUUGAAGAACCCUGUCUUGUGGAGCACAAGUCAAGGGAUGAAGAUGCCUUCGCGUGUGCAUGCAUGGUCAAGGAUCGACUGCCAGUGACGUUUGGAAAGUAUGUGAAGAGGGUAGUGGAAAGGUACUUGAAGCACACCUGCUGCGGAGGCGCAGUUUCUGACAUCCUUGAGAAGCAUGGUUUCAAGGGCUCGAUACUCGAGAGCCUGUCGGCAUUCAGCCAUCAACAAUGUCCCUCCGAGGCGACCCCAAGCAGAUGUCGGCGCUGUAAUGCGAGGGCAGGCUGCUGCUUGCUGCGUGCGGCAACAGCGAUGGAGGCAAUGUGUCUGGAUGAAAGCAUCACACAGAAACUAGGGGAAGCACACGUCACCCUCUCCCACGACAAGCGGCUGAGGCCCCUGAAGGAGCAGCUCUACCGGUACAAGGACAUAGAGGCCGAUGGGAUCCUUGCCAUGAUGACCACCAACUGCAUCGAGACCGGCAUACUGAAGCUCCCGACUCAGUUGGCCAUGCUCGGUCUAAGUAGCCUCUAUGCCUCCUUUGCAUACUUUCAGCUCGCCCACCUGUUCUCGGACGCAAGGUGGGUGUACCAGCCUGACGAGAGAAAGCCUUACAUCCCUAAGACGCUACGAAUCACCCGAGUCCUUGAUCCUGCCAUCAACGUCAUGUGGGCCGUUGGGGUGCCUCUGAGCAUGUACUUGGCGCUAAGGGAAAGUCCUCUGCUAGCUAAGAGGCUCAUCUCCUUAAUAGUUUUUCUGGGAGCAAUGCUGUACUUGACGUCAGGGAUCAGCGACUACGUGCAAUGCAAGUAUGCAGGUGGAGGAAUCGGCAGCGCGUGCAAUGGUAGAUUCAGUCUUACCGCAUCCUUCUCUGUGUUAUGUGUGUUCUUGUCGGGCCAUCUUGUACAGAGGUACAUCUGGGUCAUUGUGUACCUGGCUCAAGGUGGAUACAUCUUCUACACAAUGUCUUUGAACAGCAGCUGGAGCGUUUGGGCCAAGACCUUCUUUCGCGUUUACGGGGGGAUAAUCAUUACUCUAGUUCCUCUUAUCCUGAUACGGUAUCAGAAGAUGCUGAAGCAAGCUCAUGGAGGCAUGGCUCUUGAGACCACAAAGAUAGAGGAGGUCUGGAGAAGCGCAUUGAAAGCAGAGAGGGAGAUGAUCGAUGAUCUGGCAUCCAAGUCGCGCCGAGUGUCAGCCAGGCUCCAGAUGAUUUUCAAGGCAGCAAAGAAGUUUCGCCCCUCAUGGCAUCGGCACAAGGUGCAGAGACAGCGCUUCUCGAGCAAAGGGAAAAUUUUGCAGUCCUCGCAGGACAUCGAGAGCAUGUACGAGAAGGCACAGCUGAUCAGCCCCUUCUUCCAGAUGUUCAUCAAGAGCUGGAAUGUUGUUGGAUUCGUUCACGAGGGUAGACUAAAAAAGAUCUCGAGAGCAAUGCAGAAGGUAGUUCGUUCCUACGGCAGGGACCCUUCCUACCUCACAGACCUUGUGCGCUCUACCGUGAUAGUGAAGAGCAUGUCGGAGCUCAACUCGUGGCUGCAAAGACUGCUCGACUGCAGCACGAUUGGUCGAAAUGGAGUUGUUGACGAGAAGGAGGAGGAAGAAGAGGGGGACACGAAGAAACUUUUCAACAUCACAAGCAUCAAGAAUCGGUUUGAUCCAAAGUAUGACGCGCGCGAGAGCGCAGGCUAUCGCGAUCUCUGCGUCAACGUAGAGAUGGGAUGGAAAUUGAAGGACUUCCCGAGAGGUUUGGAGGUCGUUCCUGUUUGUCGAUGGAAAGAGACUCCAGGGUUGAUAAAGCACAUUUGUGAGAUCCAGGUAAGAGCUCCAUGCAAGUCGACAGGACGAGUGAAAGUGACAACGGAAGAUAUCUUUGAAGUCAAGAAGUACUUUCACAAGCAGUACAUAACGUUCCGCAACAUCGUCUGUCAGUAG